UCAUACAGCUCUGUGGUCAAACAAUCCACUUCCCAAACAGCACCUGUCUCCGCAGCCCUUAUACGUGCAGCCACAAGAGAAAGACAAGUACUCUUCGACCCGGCACCAGGACACACCCUUUUCCCACCCGAAGACACUCCAAUCAUCAUCGCAAACAAAGUCAGCCAAGCACUCCAAACCGUACGAAAAGACGACGACCCAGAGAUAGAGAUCAAAGCUUCACAAAGACUACGCAAUGGAGGAGUAGUAAUCGAGCUCACAACCUCGUCGGCAGCCCAAUGGGCACGGGCUCCAGCAAACCGCCAGACCAUAAUCGAAGCACUAGGCCUCCAAGCGCAGAUAAAGAACCGCACAUUCCCCAUCAUCGUCCCUUUCCUCCCAGUCUCAUCGCCAAUAGACAAUCGCGAAUGGAUUAACGAAGUCGAAACGGAAAACGAUAUGCCGCCAAACUCAAUCGAGUACAUAAGAUGGAUCAAACCCAAAGACAGACGCGACCCAAACCAACGAGUCGCGCACGCAGUCUUCCACUACGUCAACCCCAAGAUAGCCAACAUCAACCUACGAGACGGUAUAUACAUAGGCAAAGAGAAACUACACCCGAGGAAGGACAAAAGAGAGCCAGUUAGAUGCGUGAGAUGCCAGCAUUGGGGACACGUGGCCAAGGAGUGCAACGCAACAAAAGACGCAUGUGGUACUUGC